UUUCUCAUUCAGAGCUUUCGAUUCGUCCCAUGUUCUGAAUAUCUAUCUAGUUUCAGCUUUGCUUCGAAAAAACCAUCCUCAGUCAGAGAUUCAGAACAAAGCUCGAGAGAGAGAGAGAGAAAGAUGGACAUAAUAUCGCAGUUGCAGGAGCAAGUGAACACAAUAGCUGCUCUGGCCUUCAAUACGUUCGGAACACUGCAAAGAGACGCUCCUCCGGUCAGGCUCUCCCCCAACUACCCGGAGCCGCCUCCUGUUACCGCCGACGACUCCUCCAAGUUCGCCGAACAGCCCAAGCUCUUGAGCGCUUCUCUCGUUAAGGCCGCUAAACAGUUUGAUGCUUUGGUAGCGGCACUCCCAUUAUCCGAUGGAGGUGAAGAAGCACAGCUGAAGCGGAUAGCAGAACUACAGGCCGAAAAUGACACUGUAGGGCAAGAACUUCAGAGGCAACUUGAAGCUGCAGAGAACGAACUAAAACAGGUCCAGGAAUUGUUCAGCCAAGCAGCGGAUAAUUGCCUAAACUUGAAGAAACCAGAUUAAGUAGAAAUGACAUGAUCGACCAGAAUUGCCUGUACUUGAAGAAACCAGAUCGAGGCCGGAUAGUCUUACAGCAUCAGCCAAAUAAUUGACUCAUUUUUGCUUUUCUUUGCAACUUGUUUAUAUACUAGUUCCUUUCUUUUGUGGAUACUUAUGCUUAAUUGAUGUUAAGAACCAAGAUUAUCAUGCUUGGAGUUGAAUAUUAUCUUAAUCGACUUUCCUAAUUUCUUCCGAAUAGAAAGGUCAAUGGGGAAGAUAAUUCCCGAUUUGGGGAAACUA